AUGGAUUACUUUUCACUUUUAUUGAUACUCUUUCUAUUACAAACUACAUUAGGAGGUAGUGUGAUAGAAUUUUGGGAUUAUCCUAUUAUAUAAACUUAUACAAAAUGUAAUUAGAGCAGCUUAUUUCCUUUUAAUAUUUGUGACAAUUUUUAAUGGGAAUGUACUGUAAAAAUAAAAGGGAAAUGUAUUUUUUUCAUGUAGGAUUCAGGCGAAUCGUUAUCUUAGGAACGAAAUUUUCUAGAUUCUGUCAUUAUUGGUUCAUUUAUCUAAUAAGAAUAUGAAAUGUCAAUACAAUCAUAAGUGCUGGAAUUAAAUAAAAAUUCUUUAUCUAUAUGUGGAGAUAGUAUAGUUUCUGAUGAUGAGGAAUGUGAAGACAAUAAUAAUUUCCCUUUUGAUGGAUGUUUUAAUUGCAAAUUUUAAUGCGAAGAAUAAUGUUUAAUAUGUGUAAAAGGAUUAUGUAUUUAGAAAGGUAUAUAAGUAUCUUAUGAUAUCCCCCUUAUUCAACAAAUCAUUACAAAGGCUAGUUUUGAAGUAUCAUAUAAUUCUCGCUUAUUUGAAAAAGAUGAAAUUUCAUGUAUUUUUAAAUGUAGAAUUUGCAUUGAGAAUUAAUGUACUUUAUGUGAGGAUGGUUAUUAAUUGAAUGACGUAACAAAAUUAUGUGAAACAACUUGUGGAGAUUCUAUUCUUUAGGGACUAGAAGAAUGCGAUGACGGUAAUCAAGAGAAUUAUGAUGGAUGUUCUGAAUGCAAGAUAAUUAAAUAUGAUGAUUGUAAUCAUGACGAGUAUUAGUUUUGUUCGUUCUGCCAUUAUGGAUAAUGCCUAAUGUGCAUGAGUGGUUACAUCUUACAAGAUUCGAUUUGCUAAACAUAAUGUGGAGAUGGCUUAGUAAAUCAAGCUGAAAAUGAAGAAUGUGAUAACCCUAAUGAUGUAGGGUGCAUCAACUGUUAGGUAGUUCCUGGUUAUCUUUGUUAUGGGCCAACUUUUUCUCUUUGUUAAACAUGUGACUAAAACUGUGAUAACUGUUCAAGCAAUAACCAGAAGCUUAUUUGCGAAAAGUGCAAGGAGGGAUACUUUCCUGUUGGCAAAAACUGUGAGUUAUGUGAUUCUAAUUGCAUAACUUGUUAGGAAUCUUCGUUCCUUUGUACAUCCUGCUAUAGAAAUGAUUGCGACUUUUGCGAAUCUUAUGAAGGAUUUUACACUGAUACAGAAGCGAAGGCCUGUGUAUCCAUAUGUGGUGAUGGAAUAUUAGUUGCUACCUUAGAGCAAUGCGAUGAUGGAAAUGAGGAGGAUGAGGAUGGAUGUGAUUCUGCUUGUCACUUAGAAGGAUAGGCUAUUGAUUAUUCAAACUAUAAGCAAAUCAAAUCUUCUGGGUUUCAUUCAUUUGAUUUUCAGAUGGAGAGUGAAAAUCGAAAGUUCUCUUUAGAUUGUGAAGAGGUAGUGGUUAAUAUAGAUUCAUAUGAUUCUAGUUAAUUUGAAUUUACUUCAACAAACAACUAAGGUAAUUGUAGACUUCAAUUUAAAUUCUAUUAGUCCAUAUAUAAAUUCAAUAAGAUUCAUGUUUAAUUCACCUUUGAAGAAGCUAAGUUAAGAUUAUUAAAUCAAUCAGAAAACAUAAUUUAAUUUGAAAUCGAACCAGAAGAACUCAUUAUCUAGACUGAUAAUCAAUAAAAUUAAGCUGAUUCAAUAUCAUCUGCUCAAUAAUCAUUCGGUUUGGUAUUCAUAAUUUUGAUUCCCAUUUCAAUUAUUACAAACUUAUUCGAUUAUUUAUGGGCCGUUUUAGAAAUUUUAAGUUGGAUCAAUAACUUUUAUUUUUUAAAUGUUCAUUAUCCAUUUAAUGUAGAAAUAUUCUUCUUAAAUUCAGAUUGGACUUCGAUAAUUAACUUUCCAACAUACCAAGGUCUAAAUUAACCUGGUUGUAUUUACUAUUUCCAAGCCCCCUAAAGAUUUGAGAGUAAAGGCAUUAACCCUUUAUUUUUAAAUAAUGCUUAGAUACCAUUCAUGUUCAUUUUCUCUGCCACUGCAAUUUAUGUAAUGAUGAAAUCUCUUUUUCUAUUAUUGUUAUUGAUAAGAUCAAAAUUGAAUGAAAAAAAUAACCCAAAAGAAAAGCGCUUUAGUAUUUUUCAUUUGGAAGGUAUAAAACAUAUUGAAAAUAAGAAGACGGAAAAAAAUGGAUAGAUGAUGAAAAAUAAAGACCAUAAAUUAUUAAAUUCUUUGAUAAUCCAACUUAAUUCAAUUUAAAAGGAACUUAAAAAAAAAGUAAAAUAAACUAUUUCAUUGUGCUUGUUAGAUAUAACUCUGGCAAUUAUGCUAUAAAUAAAUUAUGCCGAAAACUUAGAUCAUAUCGUAGUCGGUAUUAAUUAGCUACUUGCAGUUGUUUCUAUAAGUCUAAUUUUAUUCCAUUUGCAUUAGUCUUAUAAUACAAUAAAUAUUCACAAAUUAUUAGCAGAGAAUGAAUAUUUCAAAGAAAAGUAUGAGAUAUACUAUGAGAAUGUUAAUACAGAUUCCGCCUUUGGAGCUAAAUACAAGUUUUUUGGAUUGUUAAGAAAAAUAUUUUAUAUAUUCUUUACACCACUAUUGUAAACUUUGUUUUGUUUUGUUGCAAGUAAUUUUGGACUUGCUUUGAUUUUAUAUGAGAAUCCUUACAAGACUAAAGCAUAAUUUACAUUUUAAAUUAUCUCGGAUCUCAGCUUAAGCUCAAUAUUGCUUAUAAUUGUACUAUUUGCUUUUAAUGAUCAAACCCAAAUUUAGUUUAUUGAAACUCAUAAAAUAACUUUUGGAUGGAUAAUCAUUGCUUUUGUAAUAUUAACUCUAUUUGUUGAAAUAAGUGUACUAUUUUACUAAUUAGUGAAAUCGUUCUAUUCAAUUUUCAAAUUAUUGAGAGGAUGUAUUCCCAAAUUGUUACAAAAAAGAGAAGAAACCAAUCCAAAUGUUAUAGAGUAGGAGAGUUAAGUUGGAAAUUAAAAAUUGGAUAAAUUACAGAAGAGUGUGCCAGUUCUGUUUUAGUUAGUGCCUUUAGAGAAAUCGAUCACAACUAGCCAAAAAAACUAAACCAGAUGA